CAAGAUUAAACAAGUUACGACUGAGUUUUUUUACUCCAAGUUAACUCAAAGUGGCUCAUAUUAACUUUUCUCUGUGUCUUGAUUGUUGUUCAUUAAAUCAAAUCAACUUAUCACAAUCAGUUUGAAAUUAGCUAUUCAACACACACAGUCAAUUGUUGUUAAUCAUCUUAAUCGUAUCUCAAUUUAGUUAUUGAAAAUGUCUCUUGCUGCUCAAGUCUCCGCUAAGCUCGCUGGUAAACGAGAUACCCAAUUGGAAUCAGAAAUCCUUCAAUGGAUCGCGGCCAUUGUUGGCGAACCUCUUCCCGCUGGGUCAUUCGAGGAUGUACUCAAAGACGGAAUCAUCCUUUGCAAAUUGAUGAACAAACUUGCACCAGGAUCAUGUAAGAAAAUCGCAACUUCUGGACCAAGUUUCAAAUUGAUGGAAAACAUCAAUACCUUUCAAACAGCAGCUCGAAACUAUGGAGUACCCGAGAUCGAUGUUUUCCAAACUGUCGAUUUGUUUGAGAAGCGAAACAUCCCUCAAGUCACCCAAUGUCUUUUAGCUUUAGGAAGAACUUGUUACCUUCACUCCGACUUCAAUGGACCUUAUUUAGGACCUAAGCCCUCGGAAGAGUGCAAACGGGACUUCAGUGAAGAGCAACUCCGUGCCAGUGAUGGAAUCAUUAGUUUGCAAUAUGGUUCAAACAAAGGUGCCAAUCAAAGUGGACAGAACUUUGGUAAUUCAAGGCACAUGUAAAUGAAGAUGAGCAACACAAUUAAAGUUAAUUAGUCUCAUCUAAAAGUAACCAAAAAUGCAGCUAAAUCCCAAAGAAUCAAAUUAAAAUCCUAAUUCAUCAACUCUUUUUUUUCUGAAAUCGAUACUUUGAUUUCUGAAAUGACCUCUGGCCUUUUCUUAAAGUAAAUCAAAUUGUUUGAUUGCCAAUAGAUGAGUUAAUAUCCAUUAUUGAAUAUCAUUAAACCAGAAACGUUGAUUCUCAAUGAUUUCUGUGAAUCUUGCUGAUUGAUUGAUUGAUUGAUUGAUUGUUUGACUUUGAAUUGAAUUAAAGAUAAAACUAAAAUAAACAA